CUUUGUGACAUGGGGGCCACGUCGUGCCCAGAGGCCACUGUGACACCAGGGGUGGGGGGCACUGAAGGGGCGCAGAGCCCUGGGGUGUCCCCUCUGCAGAGAGCACCUCGCUCAGGAGGCAGCAGCUCCCUGGGAGCCUCUGAGGGAGAGGAUGAUGGAGAUGUUCAAGGAGAGGCCGAACCCCAACUCCCAACCUGACAAUAUCCUGUCCCAGUGGGAAGCUGAGGAAAUCCAAGAGCUGUCCCAAUGGGAAGAUGUGGAAUAUGAGGACCUGUCCUCAUGGGGAUUUGAGAGGUACCUAGAAGCAUUGCAAUGGGGAGAGGAAAAAGUCCAUGAGCUGUUCCAAUGGGAAUUUGAAAGGUACCAAGAACUGUCACAAUGGGGAGAUGAAAGAGUCCAAGAGCUGCCCCAAUGCAACAACCAAAGAAUCCAAGAGCUGUCCCAGUCGGAAGGUGAGACAGUCCAAGAACUGUCCCCAGGGGUAGAUGUGAAAGUCCAAGAGCUGUCCCAAUGGGAAGGCAAGAGAGACAAAGAGCUGUCCCAAGCAGAAGAUGACAGCGACAAAGUUCUUUGCCAGUGGGAAGACUCCAUGGAGCAAGAGCUGUCCGAAGGGGAAGUGAGAGUAGACCCAGAGUUGUCUGAAGGGGAAGUCAAAGUCAGAGGAGACCCAGUGUUGUCCCAAGAGGGAGACAACAUUUACCAAGAGCUGUUGUGGGAGAACUGGGAACACAUCCCAAAUCACACCAUCUGGGUCAACCUCAAGUACCCAGAGCUCCUGCAGAACCUUCACUGUGCUCCCCAGGGGUCAGCACAGGCAGCAGCUUCUCCUGCCUCAUGGGAGCGGGUGAAGGCAGCAGGGGCAGAGAGCCCGGGCCCUGCCCCACACAGCCCCUGCUGCCCCCCCAGCCCCUCACCUUGCUGUCAGGAGGGGGCAGUGGGGGGGGCAGAGCUGCCAGGGCCACAGACUGAGCAGUGGUCCUUUGCCAAGGAGGAGGAGGAAGAGCGGAAAUACUCCUUGGACCAAGAGCUGUCCCAGUGGGGACAUGGGAGUCUCCAAAAGCUGUACCCAUGGGAAUAUGAGAGACACCAGGAGCCUUCCCAAUGGAGACAUGUGAGAUACCAAAAUUUGCCACACUGGGAAGGUGAGAAUUAUGAAAAGCUGUACCGAUGGGAAUAUGAGAGAUGCCAGGAGCCUUCCCUGUUGGGAGGUGUGAGAUACCAAGAUUUGUCACAAGGGAAGGAUAAGAGUAUCCAAAAGUUGUACCAGUGGGAAUAUGAGACACAGCAGGAGCCUUCCCAAUGGGGAAGUGAGAGUCCCCAAUGGGGCAAUGAGAGUCUCCAAAGGCUGUACCAAAGGAAAGGUGAGACAGUCCAACAACUGUACCAAUGGGAAGAUGAGAAAUACCAAGAAUUGUCCCCAUGGGAAGAUGAGAAAUACCAAGCAUUGUCCCAAAAGGAAUUUGAGAUAUACCAAGAACUGUCCCAGUGGGAAGAAAAAAGAAGACAAGAGCUGUCCCAGUGGGAAGGCAAGAGAGACAAAGAGCUGUCCCAAGAAGAGUUUAACAGUGACAAAGUGCUUUGCCAAUGGGAAGACUCCAGGGAGCAAGAGCUGUUCGAAGGGGAAUUCAGAGUGGACCCGGAGUUGUUCCAUAAGGGAGAUGACAGUGACAAAGAACUGUCACAGGAGAAGUGGGAACACAUCCCAAACCACACCAUCUGGAUCAACCCCUUGUAUCCAGAGCUCCUGCAGAACCCUUACCCUGCUCCCCAGGGGUCAGCACAGGCAGCAGCUUCUCCUGCCUCCUGGGAGCAGGUGAAGGCAGCAGGGGCAGAGAGCCCGGGCCCUGCCCCACACAGUCCCUGUUGUCCCGUCAGCCCUUUGCCUCACUGGUUGGAGGCCCUCAGAGGGGAGUGGACAAGGACACCAUGGAGGGCUGCACUGCCCAUGCCACAGACUGAGCAGUGGGCCUUGGCUGAGGAGGAGAAUGAGUGGAAAUACUCCUUGGUCCAAGAUCUGUCCCAGUGGAAAGAGGAAGAGCUAUGCCAAGCAGAUCCAGAAGAUGACAGUGAUAAAGUUCUUUGCCGAUGGGAAGACUCCACUGACCAGGAGCUGUCCUGGUGCGAAGUCAGAGGAGACCCAGAGCUGUCCCAGGGGGAAGUCAGCGAAGACAUAGAGUUGUCCGAAGAGGGAGAUGACAGAGACCAAGAGCUGUCGCAGGAGAACUAUGAAUGCAUCACCAUCUGCACCAUCUGGGUCAACCCCAAGUACCCACAGCUCCUGCAGAACUCUCACCCUGCUCCCAAGGGGUCAGCACAGGCAGCAGCUUCUCCUGGCUCUGGAGAGCGGGUGCCAGAGGCAGGGACAGAGAACCAGGUCCCCAGGAAACGUCCCUCCCGCUCCAGGCGGGUGCUCCAGGCUCUGCGCCGGCUGUUCCGGAUCCCCUGCAUGGCGGGACGGCCGGAGGAUUAGUGCUCACUGCCAGCACCAGGCCGGGCCCUGGAGAUGGGAGCUGACCUGGAGCCUGCACAGCUCCCUGAGGGAGCAGCAUGGGCUGGCCUGGAUGGUCAGGUGUCAGGACAUUUGGCAGAACUCCCAAGAUAAGGAACAAACUCAUAAAGGCAGCUCAGCAAGUGUGCUGAAAUCAGCUCUGACUGGGUAAAGGUGCUUCCAGCACAGGCAGGUUGAACAUUAAUAAAAGAUGCUGGUUUUCCA